AUGGUCGUAAAGGAGGGCCAAAUCUUCUUGAGACACCAGAACUACACCGUCUGCACUGUAGAGCCGGGGAAAGAAGAUCCGCACUACAUGCCUUUGUUGGACCUUUCCCAAUGGCACGUUAGGAAUUAUGCAUGCAAUCGAGCGUGGGUCAGAUCACAAUAUAUAUCGAUGCAGGCGUCCCUGAAAUUGAAGCAUGGAAUACCUAUAACUGUCACCAAGGCACGUGUAUUCACUUGGAGAUGGGAUUAUUGGUAUCAGCCUGAGCUCGUAUAUGCAUCCCUGCACACUUUAUCAUCGGAGGCUCCCCUAUGUAAAUAUGCGCUGUGUCAGGUUAGCGCAACCGCGUGCACAGUCGCGUAUCAACCGCUUCAUCAGACACGGUGUGGGCGUGUUGGGGACCUCGAGUCUACCUUAAGACUGUGGAGUCGAACGAUUCACCAAUGGAUCGUCAUUCUCACUCGCGGUAGCCAGUGGGUCGAGGCUAUCGCGUCUCGUCCGUUCAUGUUCUGGACGUUAGACCAGAUGAACCAAGUUGUCGAUCAACUGGCCAGUAUCGAAGACCUUGCAGAAAAUGACUCUAUUGAGGAGACCGGUGUUGUAUUCUGUUGCGGACAUCCAACUGUCCUAACAUACGUAGCGCUUCACGUUUUACAAUGUCAACAGUUAUCGAGUCCACGCUUUUCUGAUGACCACGGUUCUGUGCGGGUGGCUGUGUAUACUAGCUGGAAGUUGACCUUCGGCCAAGUUCCUCAUAAACGAUGGAUUUUAAUGCUGCAUAAUCGGUGGGAGUACCCUCGCGCAAUUCAGACACUCGGUGACGAUCACGUUUGUCGCAAAUUAUGCCUUGCCACAUGAAGCUUAAGUGUUAUGCCAGAUCAGUGUUGUGCAACUUCAUUCUUACCCACAAAUUAUUAGCCUGAGUGCAUCUUAG